CUAUAUCCGUUUCUGUUGCUCGCGCUAGGAACAACCUAGGAUACAGUUAUUCAGUACAUUGCUAUUACACGAGUGUUUACAACAUUUAUAGUCUUGGGAUGCUUUAUAGCUUUCAAUAAGACUAUAAAAAAUUAUUUGAUGUGUGUUAGAUAAUCUACUAUAUUGUACCUAGGGGAGUAACAGUCUCCCCUCUCCCCUCCCUUCUCCUUGUGUUAUGCUUGUACCCUGUUUGCACCUUAUGCUGAUCAGGUAUUUUGGCGCAAUGACAAAUUAAUGCGAUUCAGAAGGACUACAUCUUUAUUUGUAAAAUGAAAGUUAUAGGCUGUGCUAGAAUGCAAACUUUGCGGAUUUUAUGAUCUGCUGCUGAUGAGAACAGGACAAUAACUCGGUGAGAAGGUUUCAAGAGCAUUGGAUUUCACUUGAAGAUCAACAUGAAGUUCGCCCAGCUGUUGUUGAAGAACAACUCAAAGUUAAACAUACCAAAGCAAGUGGACCGAUUUUCAAAGUACUCUCCGUCCCCACUCUCAAUGAAGCAGUUCAUUGACUUUGGAUCUGCCAAUGCCUGUGAGAAGACCUCCUUCAUUUUUUUAAGGCAAGAGCUUCCUGUCCGGUUAGCCAACAUCAUGAAGGAGAUAGACUUCCUCCCUGACAAACUGCUCAGCACACCCUCUCUGAAGCUGCUUCAUAGCUGGUACGCCCAGAGUCUGAUGGAGCUUGUUGACUUCUUAGAGAAAAACCCUGAUGAUAAAAAGAUCUUAACUAAAUUCACAGAAACGCUGAUCAAUGUCAGGAACAGGCAUAAUAACGUGGUGCCCACCAUGGCACAGGGAGUGCUGGAGUACAAGGAGGCCUUUGGCGUGGAUCCCGUGACCAAUCAGAACGUCCAGUACUUUUUGGACCGUUUCUACAUGAGCCGAAUCUCCACACGCAUGCUGAUGAAUCAACACACAUUAAUCUUUGAUGGCAGCACCAAUCCAGCCCACCCUAAACAUAUUGGCAGUAUCGACCCACACUGUGAUGUUGUGGAGGUUGUAAAAGAUGCCUAUGAGAGUGCCAAAAUGCUGUGUGAUCAAUACUACUUGACCUCUCCGGAAGUGGAAAUCAAACAAGUGAACUUUAAAGGACCCAGUGAGCCCAUAAAUAUAGUUUAUGUGCCUUCUCAUCUGUACCACAUGCUCUUUGAACUCUUCAAGAACGCAAUGAGAGCAACUGUGGAAACCCAUGAAACCAGCCUACGUCUUCCACCAAUCAAAGUGAGAGUUUCUCUUGGGAGUGAAGACCUGACUAUUAAGAUGUCUGACAGAGGAGGUGGCGUUCCCUUGAGGAAAAUUGAAAGGCUUUUCAGCUACAUGUAUUCUACUGCACCGAGUCCUGUGACAGAAGAUAAUCGCAAUGUUCCCCUGGCUGGUUUUGGCUAUGGUCUUCCUAUCUCCCGCCUCUAUGCCAAGUACUUUCAGGGAGAUCUACAGCUGUACUCUAUGGAGGGAUAUGGAACAUCGGCAGUCAUAUACCUAAAGGCCUUAUCCUCAGAGUCUGUAGAGAGACUGCCUGUUUUCAACAAGUCAGCCUUAAGGCAUUAUCAAACCAGCACAGAGGCAGAUGACUGGUGCAUCCCGAGCAGUGAGCCCAAGAAACUGGGAAAGUAUGAAUGCAGUGUCUGAGAGUGAACUGCUCUGGGAGGAAAAGUUCAAAUGAUGAACUUAUGAACUGAAUGGGACUAUGGUCAGUGUGUGUUGUGGAGGCCUUGAGUUCAUUAGGAUAACUAUAUAUUUGACAAUUCAGGUAUUUCAGAAGCAUGGUAUUAUCAAAUGUUUGAUAAUUGACUUUUUGAAUGUUACAGUCUGAAUGACUGUAAUAAUAAUUUCUUAUACACCACACACUUCACUGGCGGUGCUAAAACUUUCCAGCUUUCAUUGAGAAUUUCAAAGAACUCAUUGGGUUUCUCUUAAAUAGGGAAAAUAUAUAUUGUAACUGUUCUUCUGUGAUAUCACAGACUUCAGACUUCAAAUGUACAGAAGCUAAUUGGUUGUUUGAGCGUGUGUUGAUUUCUAUACAUUAGCAUGUAUUGUCAAGCCGAUGGUUCUGUAAGUAUUUUUAGGAGUAUGUGGACUUAUUUUAGUCAGUGGGGCCAAGUCAUAAGUGUCCGAUGCAUUGUGCGAGUCAUAGCCUUCAUCUCUUGCAUGUUUGGGAGAACACACAAACGAACAAAAGUAACCCAGGCUUUAUUUAUUUUGCUUGGUAGAAAAUGCGUUCACAAUGCAAGCCUUAGAAUGACAAUAGUUGCAUAUUGAUUGAUUGUUUCUUUUGCAGAUUUAGAAAUGUUCAAGUAAUAGUGAAACUUACUGUCACUCCAUUAAGUUUCAAUUAGUUUCAUAAACAAUGAGGUUAAAUAUUUCACAAAAAACAUUAAAUGUAUGCCCUAUGCAUCUUAGAAGAAAAAUAUUAAUACUAAAAUACAUUUUUCAAGUAAGAACAAGAGUUGUUGCCAUGGUAACAUCUAAGUAACCCAGUUCAUAUACUGUAUAAAAAAGUUUUUCCUGAUAUACUGGGCGAUUGCCAAACUAUUCUUUUUCUUCUGUAAGGGGACUCAAAGGGUUGUUCCAAACAUAAGAAAAUAUGCAUUAUCUUUUCACAACGGGCCCUUCCACAGGACUGGUAGCGCAUGGUUCGUUCAUACAGUAAUGCCAUGUUCCCUUCAGAGUACCCACUUCGAAAUGAGUAGGGCAUAGUGAUGAUCACUUUCGACAGGAAUUCAACCACUGUAUGUAAUACAGAUAAUUCUGACAACAGCUCAUAGCUGAAAACAUUUCAAUUAUUCUGUGUGAACAAACACAACAUGUAGCACCAUAGUCAACAGUUAUGGAUCUUGUUUUUUUUAUUAUUUAUAUAUAUAUAUAUAUAUAUAAGCAUGAAAACACUAAAGUGGCAAUAUUUCUUUAUUUUCAUGUUAAUUUUAAAGAUAAAUGAAAUUUCUUGUUUUUAAUUAUAUUAACUCAGGAUUGUGCAAAUUUGCCUUUCAAGUUUUCUUUUCCAUUCAUUUAAUUUUCAGAGUUUUUUUUAUUGUAUUUAAUAUUUGUAAAGUUGGCUUUUUGAACGCAAUGCGAAGGACCUGUAUGAAUUUUAAGGGAAUUGAAGUGGCAAAAGCUGCUUGACACUCAUCAAAUUCUACUAUCCAUUUUCUACUGAAGUAGGUUUCAGCUGCUAGCAGUUCAGCUGCUAACAUGUGUUUGCCUUGUACAGAGGAGGAAGUACAACCUCAACGGAUCAUUUGCACAUUUCCAGUUAUAAUCUAGUACUGAAAUCUACGGUGUUGAUCAGUGUCCUCAUUCAUACAUCAUAAGCUUCAUUUGCAGUCAUGGAGAGCAUGACAUUUGCUUCCCCGUCCUCUUGAAAACACACCUCUUUCCUGGUGUGUUCUAGAUACACAAUCCUGUAUUCAGAAAGCAGCUAGAAUCUGGAAGCACAGGAUCGGUGCCUAAAAACAGUGUUUGCCUCACUGCAAUAAUAAAUAGUUGCUCGGCUCUCUUCAUGACUCAUUUAUAGAUUCAAUGUGAGAGGGCCUGUUUCUGUACUAUUAAAACUAUGAAGAGAAAAAAAAGCAGCAUUUUGAUUCAUCUGUGUGUGUGCGUGUGUGUGUGUGUGUGUGUGUGUGUGUGUGUGUGUGUGUGGGCAGGUUUGGGUGGUUUAUGAGGAAAUUUUUUUAGGUUACAAACUGGUAAUUACAAGGGUAUUAUGCUAUAAAUGUGGUUUAUGACAUUUCUAGAGUCCCCAUAAUUCAAAUCACUUAAAAAAACAUACCAAAUUAUGUUUCUUUUUUUUUUUUUUUUUUUUUUUUUUUUAAAUGUAAAAAUGCAGAACGUUUUUUUUGUGAAGGUUAAGUUUAGGGGUAGGGGAUAGAAUCUAUAGUUUGUACAGUAUAAAAAUCAUUAUGUCUAUGGAGAGACCUCAUAAGGAUAGCUGCACCAACAUGUGUGUGUGUGUGCGCGCGCUGCUAACUAGUUGAGAGAUUAAAGAACAAUUGCUGUGUGCCAAAUCACAUAUUUCUGCACUAUUUUACAUCAUUUUAUAGUGUAGUGUAUGUAAUGAAAAGAAGAGUACUAUUAGUACCCAGAUGAUGUACUUCAACCUGACAAAACAAUUGUGAUUAAUGGUGAAUUGACCACUAUAUAUAUAUAUAUAUAUAUAUAUAUAUAUAUAUAUAUAUAUAUAUAUACAGUUUAUGUAUAUACAGUGUGUAUGUAUGUAUACACACACACCUCGACCACUUUAUUAGGUACACCUGUUCACCUUAUUCAUGCGAUUAUCUAAUCAGCCAAUAGUGUUGCAGCAGUGCAAUGCAUAAAAUCAUGCAGAUAUGGAUCAGGAGCUUCAGUUAAUGUUCACAUCAACCAUCAGAAUGGGGAAAAAUGUGAUCUAAGUGAUUUGGACUGUGGCAUAAUUGUUGGUGCCAGGCGGGCUGGUUUGAGUAUUUCUGUAACUGCUGAUCUCCUGGGAUUUUCAUGCACAACAGUCUCUAGAGUUUACUCCGAAUGCUGCCAAAAACAAAAAACAUCCAGUGAGUGGCAGUUCUGCGGAUGGAAAUGCCUUGUUGAUGAGAGAGGUCAACGGAGAAUGGCCAGACUGGUUCGAGUUGACAGAAAGGCUACGGUAACUCGGAUAACUCAGUUAGCAGAAUCGUAUAUCAGAAUGCACAACACGUCAAACUUUGAGGCAAAUGAGCUACAACAGCAGAAGACCACAUUGGGUUCCACAAGCUGAGAAACUGCUACCACACGACUGGCUUAGAUAAUCACAUGAAUAAGUAGGUGUACAGACAGAUAUAUAUAUAUAAUUUACACUUAGAAAUCUCCUGAUGUUGCUAUAACAGUGCAAAAAGCACUUACCAAUUUACUCGAAGUGAAAAUCAGUCCUCCUUUCCUGUUUAAUAAAUUAAGCAGUCACACUGUCAUGCAGAACAUCUUGUGUUUUUAAAUCCAUAAGGAUCUCUUUCUCAGUGGUGAUGUGGCAAUGAGAGCCAACUCGUAAGAUCUUGUGCUUUUCGCUCUUGAAUUACGUACAUCACUUAAAGCAUGAUUGCGUCACUCAAGGCCAGCUAGAUCACACCCACCAAGAACAAAUAAAUCAAUCUGAUUGGCUGAUGAACCUGACAAUUUGACUUCAGUUGCUCAUUCAUUUACACUGUUGAGGGAUUCUGUAGAAAUUCUGAAGGCCUGAGGGGGUGGAGCUCAAACUCACACGCUGCUUCGGCUUUGGGCAUGCGAUUUGUGAAACAGUUGUCACACUUUGCUUGUAAGCAUCGAGGAAUAAAUUCUGACUGGAUAAACUUUUCGUUUUUCUCUAUUUGUUUGUAGAUUCAUUAAGAAUGGAAAAUGAUUAAACAUAAAUAGGCAAAAAGGUGAUUGAGAAUGAAAGGAUGAAAAAUAUUUAUUUAUUUGGCAUGUUAGUCCAGCAGAGAAGGCUUUGCUGGCCCUGAGAAAUUGCCACUGAUAAUAUAUACUGUAUAUAUAUACAGUACUGUGCAAAAGUUUUAGGCACUUGUGAAAAAUUUUGCUUAAUGAGGAUUUCUUAAAAAAUAGUGGCAUAAUUAGUUUUCAUUUUUCAGUUAACAUCAUCCAAAGUCUAGUAAACAUAAAAAAAUCUAAAUCAAUGUCUGGUGUGACCAACUUUACCUUCAAAACAGCACCAAUUCUCCUAGGGACACCUGGACACAGUUUUUCUUGGUUGUUGGCAGAUGGGAAGUUCCAAGCUUAUUGGAGAAUUCACCACAGUUCUUCUAUAUAUUUAGGCUGUCUCAGUUGCUUCUGUUUCUUCAUGUUAUCCCAGACUGAUUCGAUUUUUAGUGGAGGACACUGUGGGGGCAUGCCACCUGUUGCAUGGCUACAUGUUCUUCUAUUGUAUUCUAUUUGCAGAAGGAAUGUUUGGGAGUCUAAAAUGUAUAU